CACAUUUGAGCGUACAAUUUAAAGGGGAUAAACGGAAUAAAUCGUUCAUUUCGAAUUCUCUCCUCAAUUAUUAAGGGUCUCUACUAGUAGAAUAAAUUUCCCUUCUCUCUUCGAAUUUUGUUAAACAAUUAAUCAGAUUAUUGUAACUAAAUUUAAUCUUGUUUACUUUCAAGCACGUUUAACAAGGACAAAGUUUCUUAUUACAUCUACAUUAGAUAUAAUACAUAAUUUACAAUGGCAGAGUCACGAAGAAACGAUGGGUGGAAUAGAAAAUCUGGAUCAGAAUCAAGAUCAAAGAAUAAUAAUGUUUGGCAAACCAAAGCUAGAUCAAAGACUACAUCGAAUAAUAAAAAAUAUAACGAAAAUUCAAGAAAUAAUUCUCCAGAUAUGAUUAUAGAAGUAGCUUCUAAUAAAGUAGGAAAACUUAUAGGAAGCGAAGGUAAAACAAUAAAAAACUUUCAACAGAAAAGCAACACCAAAAUUUGUGUAGGAAAAGCUGCAAAUAAUAAUCAUUUAACAGAAGUAACUAUAAUUGGAUCUUUGGAAAAUCAGAACAAAGCAAAAGAAUUAAUCACCGAAUUCUUAAAAGACCCUCCUCAACCAGAGCUUCCCGUGGAAGAUUUUUAUUCAUACGAUAAAUAUGUAGAACCGCCACCUUUUACUCCAGGUGCUAUAAGUAAAAAUUUUUAUUGUGAAGACCCCGUGAUUUCUAAUAUGUCCCAAAAAGAAGCAAAAGAAAUAAGAAGAAAAAAUAAUAACAUUGAAGUUGAAUGCAUUUUUAAUGAGACAGAGAAUGCUCCUAAAAACACUAUAAAUAUCGUCCCAAAUCCAAUCAUCUCUUUUGAUCAAGCAUUCAAAAAUUAUCCCGAAAUUUUACAAGAGAUUAAAAAACAAGGUUUCACAACCCCAAGCCCAAUACAAUGCCAAGCAUGGCCAAUUUUAUUAAGUGGCAAUGAUAUGAUAGGCGUCGCACAGACUGGAACAGGUAAAACUUUAGCAUUUCUAUUGCCUGCAUUGAUUCACAUUGAUGGGCAAGAAGAUUCUCCAAGGGUUGGACCAAAAGCUCUUAUUUUAGCACCAACAAGAGAAUUGGCAUUACAAAUUGAAAGAGAAGUAAAUAAAUAUUCUUAUCGUGGGAUCAAAGCUAUUUGUAUAUACGGCGGAGUUAAACGUCCAGAACAGAUAAAACUUAUAAAAAAAGAAAAUGCAGAAAUAAUUAUAGCUACACCAGGGCGAUUGAUUGAUUUUGUUAGAAUAAAUGUAAUAGAUUUAAGAUCUGUAUCGUAUGUAGUAUUAGACGAAGCAGAUCGCAUGUUAGAUAUGGGCUUUGAGCCACAAAUUAGAUACUGUAUAGCUGAUAUAAGAUCUGAUAGACAAACUGUUAUGACCAGUGCUACGUGGCCAGCAGAAGUUAGACGUAUGGCACUCUCAUUUAUGGUAGAUCCGAUUCAAGUAUCUAUUGGAUCAUUGGAUUUGACGGCUGUGCAUACGGUACAGCAACAUAUAUAUAUUGUGGAGGAAGAAGAAAAAAAAGCAUUAUUAAAAGAUUUUCUUCAUGAUAUGAGACCUGAUGACAAAAUAAUUGUAUUUCUUCGAACAAAAGCUGGCGUUAGUGAUCUAUCUGUUGAACUAAUUUUUGAACAUAUCGAUAACGAAAUUAUUCACAGUGGAUUAAUACAAGAGGACAGAGAAAAAGCCAUAGAAUAUAUGGAAAAUGGCACUGUGAGAAUACUCAUUGCCACCGAUCUUGUCAGUCGGGGACUUGACAUUAAGGAUAUUACGCAUGUAUUCAAUUACGACUUUCCUAAUGAUAUUGAAGAAUACGUUCAUCGAGUUGGACGAACCGGACGUGCCGGUAAAAGUGGAGUCAGCAUAACACUAAUGACUAGAAACGAUUGGUCUCAUGCAAAAGGUCUGAUCGAAAUUUUAGAAGAGGCUGAUCAAGAUGUACCAUAUGAAUUGCGUAGCAUGGCCAACAGAUACGAACAAAAGCAAGCACAACGGUCAGAGAAAAAAACAUAUAACAAUAGAAGAUAUUCAAGAAAGUAAUUUUUCAUAAGAUAAAUUAAAUGUACUUAGAUAGUAAAAUGUAAAAGGUAUAAUGUAGUCAAAAAUUAAUAUUACUAUUUAAGUGCACGUCUAAUAUUUUUAAUAAUUGAUUUAAUUUUUCAAUUACUUCUAGACAUAUGUAAUACGAGAUAAUACUUUUUUUUUCAUUGAUCAUUAGUCGUUUAAAACGUUUUUUUUUCUCUCUAUACAUUUAAUGUUAUAUAAAAUUGUAUUUAUAAAAUACUUUUCAACUAAUUUUAAGAACUUGUAUAUUUAUGUAUAAUAAAUAUUAUUCUUUUA